GCGUAAUGCCUAAAAUAGUACAUAGCACCUACUAUCUACUAUCUAGUAUCUACCUCAGCUUUCUAACCAGCAAUGCAUAUUAAACAUCUACAUCUACAUUUACAUUUAUCUCUAGCACUAUCAACCAUCUACCAAUCUACAAUACUACAAUCAGAUAUGUCGAGUCUUGUCGCCUUAUAAUGCCUCCUCAUUCAUCAUGGCUUCCGAUUCCCAGAGCGAGAGGCGCUCGCUGAAGGAGUGGGGUGCUGGACCUUUCAUUCUUCGUAGCCUUUUCGCUGAUGUCCCGCUGUCUGAAGAUGGCACCCAGGACGACAUCAAGAUAAAUUGUGUCGAAUAUCUAGACAGUCACCUAUACGUAGGCACAUCGGACUCGGAACUGCUUCACUUUUUCCAGAUACCUCCCGAUCCCGGGGACAAAUCCAGUCUCUCGACCUUUAUCCUCGCUUCGCGAUUACGUCCCGGCUUUUCCGAACCGGCUGGAACCUCCAAUGCCACAAGGCCUGGUGUUCAACAUAUUCUAUUGCUGCCAUCUGUCGGCAAGGCUUGUAUCUUAUGCAACUGGACACUCACCUUCUAUUCCCUUCCAGAGCUCAGUCCAGUAUUUGGUUCGACACAAGUUAGAAAUUGUAGCUGGGUGGGUGGCGUAGACCUCAAUGAAGUGAGUUCUGACCAAGAUGGACGAGGCGUCACCAUCCUAUUGUCUUUAAAUAGGAAGAUCCAAGUAGCCAGCAUAGCCGACGGUGCUCAGCCGAUCAAGAAGAUUGACUUUGCUGGAAGCACGAUAUCCGUUAGGAGGGACUCAAUUGCAUGUGUAGCCGAUUCCCGAAGCUAUGCACUGCUUGAAAUCAACCAACAACUGAAGAUUCCUUUAAUGUCAAUCUCAUCGUUAGACGAAGCCCAGCCAGGCAAUAUUGUUGGUCAGGCUCAACAUAUUUCUGGAAGCUCUGGCGGUGGAAUGCUACGGAGUAAUUCUUCGGCGCAAUCUCGCUCACAGACAGCGAGUCCUGAUCCUCCCGCUCAUAGACGAGGGACUAGCUUAGGCGACUUCAUCACUGGCGCAAGUAGGAAACAGGAGCAUCGCACCUCGGAGGAUGAGGAACCCAUAUCUCGAGGAGCAACUCCGCCUGUGACAAGUCAAAAAUCGUCGGAAGAAACUGCUGGCGUUGGUGGUCUAGCCCCAGGUGGCACAAAUGAGAGCCAAGAGGGUCGAGUCACCCCGACUGCCAAAUCUCAGUCCGGCAUCCUCAAACCACUUAUCGUAUCUCCAACUCCCGAAGAGUUCUUAUUAGUUACUGGCACAAGUCCAUUGGAGCCAGGCAUUGGCAUGUUCGUAAACUUAGAUGGUGAUCCUACGAGGCCAACUAUCGAGUUCGAUCGAUAUCCUAAGGAGAUCAUCGUCGAUGGGGGCUCUAUGGACUUGUCUUCUUCGAGAACAUCUCUUGGGCCGGAAGACGAGGGAUUCGUUCUUGCUUCGAUGGGGAGAGAAUUCCCCGAUGGUGUUCAUUAUGGCCUUGAGAUCCAACGUUGGGAUACCGACGGAGCUGAAGAUGUGCCCCCGAAACAUUGGCUUGAACCCCCAAGAACUGGCUCACCCGUCAAUCCCCUGCACAAUAUAGGAAUAAGGUCCCUCCGUGGAACGGAGACCACACAUUUCCCAGAAAUUGUGGAUCGAUUGCGCCGCCGGAGAUUCGUCCCAUUUUCUCGCGGAGGAGUAGACACGCCUACAGUAUUUUUAAAGAAUGCUGAUUCGAGAACUGCAUCAUCUAUGGAGAGACUAUUUAAAGAAAGGGAGCUUUUCGAGAGAGAUGCUGAUUCACAAAGUGAAGACUCUUUACCUGAUGCUUGGCAGGCAACACGAAAUGCCGAGGAGGAAGAAUUUGCUCGUCGUCUUGCAGGGGGCACUGCUCGUAUAGCGGUAUGGGCUGGGAAAGACAUAUGGUGGGCCGUUCGAAAUCCCCUCAUUCUACGGUUGGAUGCACAGGUAGAAACAAUGGCCUCGGCAUUGAACCAGCCAUCGACUGAACGAAAAGAUUUCUUCGCGAUCUUGAACUCCUUUCGUGGGAAGGACGCGAAGUCCGAGUUGGAGUUUCUCACAUUUGGUUACAUACGGCAACGAGUAGGUAUUUUCUUGUUGACAAGUUUCCUAAAAUCGGAAGAUACUUCUUUCUCAGACUCGGAACUCCGAGCUAUGGAAGAAAUUCUCGUCGACAGUCUUCUAGACCCCCGAGUUGUUUUAUCCCUCGUUCCCGGAGUCCGUAACGAGGUAAUCGAGACGAAGCGAGGGAUAUGGAUCUUUGGAGGAGUCAAGUCGACUGCCGAAGAAUUCAUUUCGAGUAGAGAGUUCGACAAGGGUAGUCCAACCAUGAGCACCUUAUCGCAGCCCGUAUUACACUUCCUGAGGCGAUUCCUGACCGCUUGGCGGCGGAAGAAGGGCUUCGGCAGUAUACCAGAUGAAAAUGAAGUCUUCCGCACAGUUGACGCUGCUCUACUUGCUGUCCUCCUCGAACUCGACAAGAACUCAGUCACUGGUCCAGCCAAAGCAAGAUCUGUACGUGCAGAUUUGUACGAGCUUGUGGAUACGGGGGUCGAGUGCUUCAACAGAGCAGAAACCUUGAUUGAGUCAUACCAUCGUCUUUACGUUCUCAGCAGAUUCUAUCAGAGCCGUAAGUUGGUAUCGGAUGUGUUGGCUACUUGGAAACGUAUCAUCGAGGGUGAACGAGAUGACGGGGGCGAGUUGACCGACGGCGAGCAACGUGUGCGUGAGUACCUCGCAAAGAUCAGCAACCAGGCCUUGGUUCAAGAGUAUGGUAUCUGGCUUGCGAAUCGAAAUCCAAAGCUUGGUGUUCAAAUCUUUGCUGAGGAUAAGGGCCGCGCGCCAAAAUUCGAGCCUGGCCAUGUCGUGCAGCUUCUCCGAGAAGAGGCUCCAGAUGCGGUGAAGUAUUAUCUGGAACACCUAGUAUUCGGCAAGGGCCAUACGAUUUAUGUGAACGAGCUCAUAAAAUACUACCUCGACAUAGUUGUUUCUGUCCUUCGGACAUCACCCGAAGCUCGCGAAGUAGUACUGUCAACCUACACAGCAUAUCGGGCUCUCCAACCGCCAAAACCUACGUAUCGCCAAUUUCUAACGGACAAUGCGCCAGCCGAUGAUGAAGCCUGGCACAGCCGGUUGCGACUUUUACAACUACUUGGUGGUAGCUACGACUAUGAUUCAGCAGUGGUUCAGGAUCGGAUCGCAAGCUUAAACACCACAGCCCAAGAUCUUCUCGUGCCGGAGACUAUAAUACUCGCGGGCCGGGAAAGAAAGCACGAAGAUGCACUACGCUUAUUGGUCCACCACCUUGGAGACUACGAUACAGCUGUGGCUUAUUGUCUCCGAGGUGGAGCCAGCAUCUAUACCAUCUACCAGGCUCAACAAAGUCAACCACCCCCUAGCCCAGCAGGUUUGAAAGGGCCCAAGCGGCGUGACAGUGUGCCACCGACCCAAGAUCAACAAGCGCGGCUCUUCCGCGCUUUGCUCGGGGAAUUUCUCAACCUCGAGGACGUGAGUGACCGUGUAGAGCAGACAGGCCUGCUCCUAGAGAAAUUCGGCGGGUGGUUUGACGUUGGCGACAUCCUGUCGGUGAUACCGGAUAACUGGAGCGUGGAUCUGGUUUCCGGGUUUUUAGUCAAGGCCCUAAGGCGCAUCGUGGUUGAGAAGAACGAGACGACUGUGGCGAGAUCACUAAGCUCAGCGCAGAACCUGCAAGUACAGCAUGAUUUAAUUGUCAGUAUUGAGGAAAAGGGGCCAAGCAUUGAGACGUAAGGCUAGUGAUAAUGUAUGUAUAGAUGAGGUACCUACCAGGGCACAUGAAAUAUAUGGAUGAAACGUAGUGAGUACUACG